CGAUGAUUAAGAUUCCCCACCACCACCGGUUAUCCGCUAACCCAUUCCUCACCUUCCUUCUCUCUUCUUCUGUCCACUCUUUCUUAUGAGUGUGAAGAAAAAGGGAAUUUUAAUUUAGUUUUCUUCUAUUUUGAUUCUUAAUCAACAUUAAUUCUUGGACAUGGCGAUUUUCACUAACCAUUAUCAUUCUUCUGCUCAACUGCUCAUCCUGAGUCUCAAUCUUCUUCUGUUCGUUUCAAAAGGUGUUAAAGCUAACACAUUCACAUUUAUAAACAAAUGCGAUUACACAGUGUGGCCCGGGAUUCUGGGCAGUCCAAAAUUAGACAGCACUGGCUUUGAGCUCCCCAAAGGCGCUUCCCGUUCGUUCCAGGCGCCGACAGGUUGGUCAGGCCGUUUCUGGGGAAGAACGGGCUGUGAUUUUGACGAUUCAGGCCACGGCAGCUGUGCCACAGCCGACUGUGGCUCCGGCCAAGUCGAAUGCGACGGAGCCGGAGCAACUCCACCGGCCACCUUGGCUGAGUUCACACUUGGGUCUGGCUCUCAAGACUUCUACGACGUGAGUCUUGUUGAUGGCUAUAACUUGCCGAUGAUUGUUGAAGGCCGCGGAGGAUCAGGGUCAUGCUCCACCACUGGUUGUAUUAUAGACUUGAGCCGAAGCUGUCCAAAUGAACUCAGAGCGGCGGGUGGAGCCGCUUGUAGAAGCGCUUGUGAAGCGUUUGGAAGGCCAGAAUACUGUUGCAGCGGCGCGUAUAAUUCACCUGCCAUCUGUAAACCGUCAAUGUACUCAACCAUUUUCAAAGCCGCGUGUCCCAAAUCUUAUAGCUACGCGUAUGAUGAUGCCACCAGUACUUUUACCUGUAGCGGUGCUGAUUAUACCAUUACAUUUUGUCCUACUUUUUCAAGUUCAAAGUCGUCAAAUAGUUCGUCUCCGAAGGGGACAGAAACAGCAGAUGAGCCAAUACAAGGGUCAGGGCCUGUUGAUGCAGCUUCAUUUGCAAGUUCAUGGUUGGCAAAUUUGGCCAUUGGAGACUCGACAAGAAUCCACCCUUGUUCUUCUUCUCUUCAGUAUGGUUUAGCUGUGGUCAUUUUUGUAAUUGUCUCAUCUCACAUGUGGUGGUUACUGUGAUUUGGAGAGCAGAGAGAAGCACCGACAUGAUGAUCAUGGAUGACAUAAUGGUUAAUUUGAAUUUGCCUUGGCUGGUGAAAGAUGACAAAAUCCAGAUAGGAAGCAACCCACUUCCUAAUCCAUCUUACUUGAAUGUUUAGCACGCAAAACAAUGCUUUCAUAUUAGUAAUAGGAAGGUGUUUGCAUUUUGCUUA